AUGUUUUCGGUUCCCCUGAUACUCGUGUGCAGUUCGCUGGUCGCAUUGCUCACCUAUUGCUACGCCAAGUACGCUCGUCUCUACGUCUUAGCCGGCCGUUUUAGCGGUCCACCGGCAUUGCCCAUCAUUGGCAAUGCGCUAACCUUCCUCAACGUCGAAGCACAUGAGUUUGUAAGUCGCUGCUUAGAAUUGGGUGAUAAAUAUGGCAAGACGUACCGCUUGUGGCUGGGUCCGCAGUUAAAUAUAAUUGUACACGAUCCGCACGAUGUCGAAGUUUUGCUCAGCUCAAAUAAGCUGGCGGUAAAAGCAGAUCAAUAUCGUUAUAUGAAAUGCUGGAUGCACGACGGUCUGCUGCUGUCGCAUGGUCGUAAAUAUCAACAGCGUCGUAAACUUGUGUCCCCGACAUUUCACUUCAAGAUGCUGGACAAUUUUCUCAGUUGCUUUCAGGAGCAUUCCUUGGAGUUGGUGCAGCAAAUGCGCGGACUAUGCAUGGAAGGUACACCCUUUGAGUUGCGUCACUUUUUAGGCCUAUGUAUGUUGGAUACGAUUUGCGAUACGGCGAUGGGUGUGCAGCUACAGACGCAACGCAAUGCCGAUUCUGAAUACGUGAAGGCCUUAAACAGUCUCAUGGGCAUACUUCACCUACGCAUGUACGAUAUGAAAUAUCGUUUUGAUUUCAUCUUUCGUUGCACCGCAAAAGCAAAAGAAGCCGAACGCGCACUUGCCAUCAUAAACAGUUACGCGGAGAAGGUGAUCUUACAACGACGCAAAGAGUUAACGCAUGCGCCGGAGCGACAACAGCUCGAAACGGAAGGACCUACGGUUGGUUUAAAACGCAAGCAAACUUUGCUGGACAUUUUACUCAACUCAAUGGUCGACGGCAAGUCGCUAAGCAAUGUGGAUAUACGCGAAGAGGUGCACACAUUCAUGUUCGCCGGUCACGAUACGCUAUCGUCGGCGCUAAUGUUCUUCUUCUACUGCAUAUGCAGAAAUCCCGAAUGGCAGCAAAAGUGCUACGAGGAGAUAUGCGGCGUGUUCGGUACAGAAAUCGGCGCGGUAGCUAUGAGUCGCGAGCACUUGGAUCGGCUGUACUAUGUGGAUUUGUGUAUUAAGGAAACGCUGCGCAUGUAUCCACCGGUGGCGCUGAUCGGCCGCAAAGUCUUAGAAGAGACCAAAAUUAAUGAUCAUCUCAUUCCGGCUGGCACAAAUAUUGGCUUCUCACCUUAUGUGUUUGGGCGUCAAUCUGAAGUUUUUGCCGAGCCCAACACAUUCAAACCGGAACGUUUCGAGACGGUGGCGUGUGAAAAUAAUUCAAAGCUAAAUCCUUAUAUUUUCACCUCUUUUUCGGCGGGUCCACGUAGCUGUGUGGGCCAAAAAUACGCCAUACUGCAGAUGAAAGUGUCGAUUGUGAAUAUUAUAUUAAGUUUUGACUUGAGGUUUGUGGGUGAUACGACACGCGAGCUCAAACUUUCAAACGAAUUGACCAUGCGUACGAAGGAUCCGCUAAUGUUUACGAUACGAGCACGUGACGUAAAAUGUGUAAAUUAGCCAAAUAUUUUGCUUAUGGCAUAAGUUAGAUGUACAGUGAAAAUUUAGAGUAUAUGCAAUUAGUCUAUAGUUUGGGAACUAAUUUGACACAAUUUCCAACCAAAGAUUCGUGGCUAAAAAUUUAUUCGACGCAUGCAAGAAGUCUAAUAUUGAGAAUUUUAAUUUUUUGUGAUUUUUGUAUUAAAAAAUUACUCAAAUAUCUUAGGAUUGCUAUAUUUAAUAUUUAUUUCUGAAUAUAACACUUACAUAUAUGGACAGUACCGAAACUCUGAAGGUGAUUAGGAUAUUAUGCAUUUAUACAUGUACAGUUUUUUAAUAAAUAUUUAAGUACUUGUUUUUAUGAAAAACCCAUUAUUUUUAAGAAAUAAUUGAAAUGAUGCAGUUGUAAUUUAAUGCUCUCAUUGAAAUCGGGAUUUCGGUAUUUUAUUUAUGUAAAAUCCCGCGUCAGUUAUUAAAAUCGGGAUUAUCACAAGAAAAUUAAAUUUACAUCAAAAACAUGCAGCAUUAUCAGCUUCACAAAAUCCGGUGCCGAUUGUGAAUUCGGGACUUCGGGAUUAUCACAACUAAAUUAAAUUUUCAUCAAAAACAUUAUUUUUAUGCAAAAACACUAUCAUUCCAUCAAACAUGCAAAAUCCCGUUCAUCGGGAUUUCGGGAUUAUCACAAGAAAAUAAAAUUUUCAUCAAAAACAUUAUUUUUAUGCAAAAAUACCUUCAUUCCAUCAAACAUGCAAAAUCCCGCUCUUCGGGAUUUCGGGAUUAUCACAAGAAAAUAAAAUUUGCAUCAAAAACAUUAUUUUUAUGCAAAAACAGCUUAAUUCCAUCAAAAAUGCAAAAUCCCGUUCUUCGGGAUUUCGGGAUUAUCACAAGAAAAUAAAAUUUUCAUCAAAAACAUUAUUUUUGUGUAAAAACACCAUCAUUCCAUCAAACAUGCAAAAUCCCGUUCUUCGGGAUUUCGGGAUUAUCACAAGAAAAUAAAAUUUUCAUCAAAAACAAUAUUUUUAUACAAAAACAGCUUCAUUACAUCAAACAUGCAAAAUCCCGCUCUUCGGGAUUUCGGGAUUAUCACAACUAAAUUAUAUUUUCAUCAAAAACAUUAUUUUUAUGCAAAAACACCUUCAUUCCAUCAAACAAGCAAAAUCCCGUUCUUCGGGAUUUCGGGAUUAUCACAAGAAAAUAAAAUUUUCAUCAAAAACAUUAUAUUUGUGUAAAAACACCAUCAUUCCAUCAAACAUGCAAAAUCCUGUUCUUCGGGAUUUCGGGAUUAUCACAAGAAAAUAAAAUUUUCAUCAAAAACAAUAUUUUUAUACAAAAACACCAUCAUUCCAUCAAACAUGCAAAAUCCCGUUCUUCGGAAUUUCGGGAUUAUCACAAGAAAAUAAAAUUUUCAUCAAAAACAAUAUUUUUAUACAAAAACAGCUUCAUUACAUCAAA